AAAGGGACUGAGAGAGUGAGAGAAUUGACCCUUUUUUUUUCUAAAGCAGUAAUCCUAAUAUGACUGGCUGCCACUUUUCUCUCUCUCCUCCUAUCUCUCUUUCUUUUGCUUAUAUUCAUGUCUGUGUGAUGAUCUUUCACGGCCACUGCAUUUAUCACCUCUCUCCACAGAAACCCAGAUGGUGUUUUCAUCCUCUCUGUGUAUAUAUGUGUGUGUUCAAAGGGAGGUUUUGUUGUAUGUUGGAGCUGAGGUGGUCCAGUGAUCCACUUGGGUUGUAAAGUGAAAUUCAAGAUUCUUGUGGUGCUCUGAGAGGUGAACAAGGAAGUUUCUUUUGGUAGAGUUUGGGCAGAUGUGCUCGGUUUAUCAUUAGCUGAAGGUAUUCUAUGGAGAAUUGGGUGGUUUGUUCACAUGAUUUAUCAUAACCCUGCAGCUUUCUUGAAAAUCUUGUUUGCCAAAUGGAUUUUUGCUCUCCAAAACUCGAGCUAUGAAGGAAGAUCAUAAUCGAGUUUUCUGUCAUUCGAGUGUUUGCAAGGAGGAGGCCGAUUUGGCUUUCUUUGAAGAGAAAGUGGCGUUUGAUUCCAAUGAUCCCGGGCUUGAAAUCUCCCCGCUAGACUCAUCUGUUGAUCGUAAAGAUCAAUUUUUGUUGUCUGAUAUAUCAUCUGCAGCAGAGUUUUCACACUCAGAUCCUGAUAACAGUGUUAUUAAAUGUGAGCUUCAUGAGUUAACAGUGUACAAUGUUGUCAAAGAUAUCUGUGUCGAUGAGGGGGCUCGUGGGGUCGAUAAGAUUUCAAUAGAAAGCUGGACAGGCGAUCCUGAUCAAGACAAAAACCGUGAUAUCCAAGAAGACGAUGACAGUAAAUUGCUUGCUGAAGAUCAAUCAAAACCAGGAGAUUUUGAUGGUGAUGUUGCUGAUGAAUGUACAACAAAGGAAAAGGAAGAUAUCAAACCAAUUGUUUCAGAUCCUCGAAAAUUUUCCUCAGAAGUUGAUGAUAGCAAAGAUGCUUUUGUAGAAUCAACACAUGAACAGAAUUCUCAGAUGCCUUCUGAAGAGGCGAACACAGCUGAGAAGAGCGCUGAAAAGCUCCCCGAAUCUGUCCUCAUCUCAGAACCUUUGCACGAGGUCGAGAAUUCUGAUAAAACUUCAGCCUCGAACGCCAUCCAAGCUCAGCUGCCCGAGUUAGAAGAUAGGCCUAAAACCGAGGAUAAGGCCUCGAAUUAUCUCCCAAUUGCCAGCACCAGAUCAGAUCGGUUUACAGAUGGGGAGACUAGUUUCUCUGCAGCAGGCUCUCUCUCGGCUCUGAUUGCAUACUCGGGGAGCAUUUCUCUUCGUUCAGAUAGUAGCACAACGAGCACCCGAUCCUUUGCCUUCCCGGUAUUACAAUCGGAGUGGCAUGGCAGUCCCGUGAGAAUGGCAAAACCGCAGAAGAAGAGAGGGUGGAGGCACAGUAUUCUCUGCUGUAGAUUCUGAAUUCUUACCAUUUCAUCUAUAGGCUCUUAGGUUGGUAUAUACAUCACAAAAACCAGAGGGGUUCACAAUUCAUUGCUAUAUUGGUUUUUGAGUAUACAUGUUGAUAUCAUCUUUUAGGCUAUUGGGUGCAGUUUCUAGUAGGGGUUUAGCAUUGCUUGGAGUUGCAGAUUCAAAAUCUUUCCUGUGCUACACUAUAUAUUAUAUUGUAUUUAGGUUUAGGAAGUUUUGCCAAAUUGUUGUUUAGGCAAUUUCCUUGCACAUACAGUUUCUUGAGUUGGUAAAUACAAUCUAUUUGACUCAGACUAGUUUAAAUUCAA